AGGCAUUGCGGGAGAGCAGUGGGGCCAGGCCGGAGACAGCAGCGCUGCGCGGGCAGCUAGUCCUCAUCCUGCCGGGUUGGUCGCGGGCCGACAGGCAUCCCCGGAGCGCCUGCUGCGUGAGUUGGACCGUGCAAAGCAGCGGGGACCGGUGAGCCCGAAGGCUCUCAUCACACGAUGGCACCCCCUGUAGAAGGAGGUGACGCGGCUCUGCUCCCAGAAUUCCCCAGGGGACCCCUGGACGCCUACCGAGCAAGAGCGUCCUUCAGCUGGAAGGAGCUGGCGCUGUUCACGGAAGGGGAGGACAUGCUCCGCUUUAAGAAAACCAUCUUCUCAGCUCUCGAGAACGACCCUCUUUUCGCCCGUUCCGCUGGAGCCGAUCUGUCCUUGGAGAAGUAUCGUGAGCUGAACUUCCUUCGAUGCAAGCGGAUCUUCGAGUAUGACUUCCUCAGUAUCGAAGACAUGUUCAAGAGCCCUCUGAAGGUCCCCGCCUUGAUUCAGUGCCUGGGGAUGUAUGACUCUUCUCUGGCUGUCAAGUACCUCCUCCAUAGCUUGGUUUUUGGAUCAGCAGUUUACAGUUCUGGUUCUGAAAGACAUCUCACAUAUAUUCAAAAGAUCUUCAGUAUGGAGAUUUUUGGAUGUUUUGCUCUGACCGAAUUAAGCCACGGCAGUAAUACCAAGGCCAUUCGUACGACUGCCCACUACGAUCCUGCCACUAAGGAGUUCAUCAUACAUUCCCCUGAUUUCGAAGCUGCCAAAUUUUGGGUUGGCAACAUGGGCAAGACAGCCACUCACGCAGUGGUGUUUGCUAAGCUGCACGUGCCGGGGGACCAGUGCCAUGGGCUGCAUUCCUUUAUCGUGCAGAUCCGGGACCCGAAGACCCUUCUUCCCAUGCCCGGAGUGAUGGUCGGCGACAUGGGGAAGAAACUCGGGCAGAAUGGUCUGGAUAACGGUUUCGCCAUGUUCCACAAGGUCAGAGUUCCUCGCCAGAGCCUCCUGAACCGGAUGGGAGACGUCACCCCCGAGGGCACCUACGUCAGCCCCUUUAAGGACGUCAGGCAGCGCUUCGGAGUGUCCCUGGGGGGCCUGUCCUCGGGCCGGGUCUCCAUCCUGAGCCUGGCCGUCGUUAACCUAAAGCUGGCCUUGGCCAUCGCUCUUCGCUUCUCAGCCACUCGGCGUCAGUUUGGACCCACCGAGGAGGAGGAAAUCGCAGUGCUGGAGUAUCCAAUGCAGCAAUGCCGCUUGCUUCCAUAUCUGGCAGCUGCCUACGCCUUAGACUACUUCUCUAAGUCACUUUUCCUGGACCUGGUGGAGUUCCAGCGAGGACUUGCCUCGGGAGACCGCAGCGCCAGACAGGCAGAGCUUGGACGUGAGAUCCACGCUCUGGCAUCAGCCAGCAAGCCCUUGGCCUCGUGGACCGCCCAGCAAGGAAUUCAGGAAUGCCGGGAGGCGUGUGGAGGACACGGCUAUCUAGCCAUGAACCGGUUGGGUGUCCUUAGAGAUGACAACGAUCCCAACUGCACAUACGAAGGUGACAACAACGUCCUGCUGCAGCAGACAAGCAACUAUUUGCUGGGCCUCCUGGCACACCGGGUCCAGGAUGGAGCUUGCUUCCGCAGUCCGCUGAAGUCGGUGGACUUUCUGGACGCCUAUCCCAGCAUCCUUGACCAGAAGUUUGAGGUCUCCAGUGUUGCCGACUGCUUGGACUCCGCAGUCGCCCUGGCAGCAUACAAGUGGCUGGUUUGCUACCUGCUCCGAGAGACUUAUCAAAAGUUAAACCAAGAGAAAAGAUCAGGAAGCAGUGACUUUGAAGCAAGGAAUAACUGUCAGGUGUCCCACGGCCGUCCCUUGGCGCUGGCCUUCCUGGAGCUCACCGUGGUGCAGAGAUUCCACGAGCACGUGCACCAGCCCUGCGUGCCGCCCUCGCUGCGGGCCGUGCUGGGGCGGCUCAGUGCUCUGUACGCCCUGUGGUCCCUGAGCCGCCAUGCAGCCCUGCUCUACCGAGGCGGAUACUUCUCUGGUGAGCAAGCGGGAGAAGUGUUGGAGAGCGCCGUCCUGGCCCUGUGUUCCCAGCUGAAAGACGACGCAGUUGCCCUGGUAGACGUGAUCGCUCCUCCUGACUUUGUUCUGGACUCACCGAUUGGCAGAGCCGACGGCGAGGUAAAGGGAGGACAGGGCCUCGCAGGGGUGCCCCAAGGGCCGAUGGGCAUUUCUGCGGAACUGAGAUGCUCCGGUGGGUCAGGGGUCUGGUGGCUUCUGGAAAAUGGUCACACUUGGGGGAGCUUCUGUGGGGAGGGCCCAGAACAAGUCGGGACGGUCUCAUCCUGGUGUGUCGCCAUGCUGGCUCUGUGGUUGCAGGGGGUUUGCCCAUCCCCUGCCUGCCUUUUCCUCUCGAGAUGGGGUGGUGGCACUGCCCGCCUGCACAGGCAGAGGUUGGAGGUCCACACACUGUGGCCUCUGCCCUCUUCCCACUCCCCACUGGCUCCCCAGUCCCAGGUCUUACCCGCAUCUGACCAUGCAGGCUCCUGGCCCUGCAGGCCUCUCCCCCAUCCCUGUCCUGGAAUCCCCAGGCCUCUCUGUCCCCUCUGACCAUCCAUGGCUGUCACUGGAGUUACUCGCCCCUGUCCCACUUUCCCCCAGCUGCCUCCCUGUGGCUCCCCAGCCCGCCAUGUUCCAUAAUGAUUUCUUCAAAGCAGACGGAGUCAGGCUGCUCCCCUGAGGGAGCCUCCACCAGCCUCCUUGACUCUGCCACGCCCCAGCCCCAGGCAGCCACUGCAUCCCUCCAGGGCUCUUCACCCCACGCUCCCUUCCUGCCCACCAGAUCCAACCUUACUGGCCUCUCCAUCUGUUGUGCCAGGCCCGUGCCCACCCCAGGGCCUUGUGCCUGCUGCUCCGGCUGCCUGGAGUGCCUUGCAUUCUUUCAGUAUAAGCUGACUGUCGCUGCCUUGGAGUGGCCUUCUCUGGCGUCCAGCUGAGGCAGUGCCCCAGGCACUGCAGUGUGGCCCUUGCUGGCCUCAUCACUGACCCUGUGUCUCCCUCCCACCUGAUGAUGCCCUCAAGGGGCGACGCUCACAGGUCCACUGGGUGCCCUCCAGCACCCCACUGCUUAUAGGGCUGUGUCCAUCUUCUGCUAGAGGGACUCAGCGUGUCAGUGCUUAUGUCCCGUGCCCUGAGGUCCCCCGGCUGUGAGCCACAGAGGGGUUAACCCCAUCCCUGCCCCAUGGCCCCACGACUGAGUUCUUUCUGCUGAGGCAUCUGCCAGCACCUGGGUCUCUGCUCAAAUGGAGAUUGAGCCUUAGUGGGCAGGACCCCAUCCCUCAGUCCUCAGGGAAUGCUGAAGUCCAUGCAUGAGUCCUUACUGGCUUAGCCAGGGAGGGCCCAGUGCCUGGCCUCAGCAUGGCCCAGGCUACACCUGGGUUGGGCUAGGUGUGCCAAGAGGCAGGUAGUGCCAGGGGCCGGGUGAGCAGGGCAGGAGGUGAGAGUUCCCAGUAGUAGGAGGGGCAAGGAUGGUCAUCUCUGCGGAGGGCCUGCUGUCCCGCGUCGGGGGGCUGGCCACUGACCAUCCCCUGAGCCCAUACAGCCCAGGUGAUCACUGCUGCUGAGAACUGAGAUGCAGAGAAGCCCAGUGGGUUUCCCAGCCAGGGAGUGGCGGAGCCAGGAUUUGAAGAAACUGUGCCCUGCUGUAGGGAGAGAAGACUUGCGGGGAGCCUUGGGUCCUGGGGCAGCACGUAGGAGGGGGACUUGCCCUACCGACCUCCCUGGGAGAGGCAGUCUCACCAGGAGGUAGGGGCUCACCAGGUAGACAGGCAUUCGAAGAGACAGUGGAGCCAGACCCACCAUGGAGGUCCCCCGAGCACACAGGACUGUCUGCCCCGUACAGGAGCAGCCUUGAGCAUCCACUCGCUGCGCCUUGCUCUGCAGAGGCAGGGAACAACCUAGGAGAGGAGAGACCGUGCCCAUGAUGGAGGGGCCCCUCUGGCUCUGGGUUCCACAGUUAAAACCAGAGUCGACUGGAGGUGUUGCUGGCAGGAUGGUUUAUAAAACGUGCACUCGUGGUUGAGCGUGGUGGUUCACACCUGUAAGCCUAGCUCUUUGGAAGGCUGAGGCGGGCGGAUCCCUUGAGCGCGGGAGUUUGAGACCAGCCUAGGCAACAUAGCAAAACCCUGUCCAUAAAAAUU